UGAGUGGCCGCAUAUGACUUUGGCCUUGUGAAAAAUUGAUCUGGGUGAAGAACAAAUCAAUCCUUUCUGGGUUCAAAUUGGGAAGGACCCGAGUCAAACUGGUAAAUAUAGCAAACAAUAGGCAAAUAGUUCAUUGUAAUCAAAGCAAAAUUGAUCUUCGUUUUCCCUUUUUUGUCUCUUCAGAAUUAGGUAGAACUUAGCAGAUCUUUGUUAGGUAGAAAACAGGGCAAAAAUCUCGUUUUUAUCGCUGCAAAUAUGAACGUCGGACCAUCUGGUUUCAAUAAUGCACCAGUGACAAGGGCAAUUGUAAUUGCGUGUACUAUCUUCACCAUCAUAUUUGGUGUUCGUGGUCAUGGAAAUCAGCUGGGAUGGUCUUAUCAGGAUAUCUUCCAGAAGCUUCAAAUCUGGAAGCUGAUCAUAUCGGCUUUUACCUUUUCUUCUACCCCUGAACUAGUAUUUGGAUUAUAUCUGCUGUACUACUUCCGUGUCUUCGAGAGGCAAAUCGGUUCAAACAAAUAUUCUGUUUUCCUGCUGUUCUCUUUUGUGGUCUCUUUAUUUCUUGAGGUUCUUGCUCUACAACUUAUUAAAGAUCCUUCCUUGAGUAUCCUGUCUGGGCCCUAUGGACUAAUUUUUUCUUCCUUUGUGCCCUUUUAUCUCGACAUUCCGGUUUCUACCCGGUUCCGCUUAUUUAGUCUCAACUUCUCUGACAAGACUUUUAUUUAUUUAGCUGGCCUCCAGCUUCUUUUCUCAUCCUGGAAAAGAUCUAUUGUACCCGGGCUCUGUGGAAUAAUUGCAGGUUGCUUGUAUCGUUUGAACUUUUGCCGUAUUAGGAAAGUGAAGUUCCCAGAAUUUAUUACAUCCUUCUUUGCUCGACUUUCUUGGCCAUCAACGGGUAACCUGCCACCACCUUCUGCACCAGCAAGAAAUGCCCCAGGAAACGUACCAAUCUUUGCUGGUCGCCAAAUGGAGGGGAACUACCCAGCUCCAGUUUCAUCCACCCCAGAACCACCAGAAGACGCUAUUUCUAUGCUGGUAUCAAUGGGCUUUGAUAGGAACUCAGCAAGGCAGGCACUCAUCCGUUCAAGAAAUGAUGUUAAUAUAGCCACAAACGUCCUUCUCGAGUCACAAUCACGCUGAGAUGGAACUUGCAGCAGUUCCUGGAGGUGUUCAUAAUAUGGAAUUUUUUGGGAAUGGUUGGAUUUACUUUCUCUUCCAAUCUUUCAAGGUGCUCUUCGGUUUUUGUUCCUCUGUUUCUUUAGCAUUUCAUGCACUUGUCUCAUUCCAACACCACCCUAAUUGAUUGUAAUACCUGGAUCAUCAUAUACAGGGUUGUUCAAAUGCAUCAUUUUAGAGAUUAGGUUAUUAUGUAUAGUUGCAAUGAUGAGCUCUUACUGGUUUUCUGGUGAUUGUAAAUCUGACCAAAUUACUCACUCCUAUAGGUUGAAAAUAGUUUCUUGCUUUUUCGAAUCCUGAAUCAUCCUCUUAUUGGAGCUUGAAUGUUGAUUGGUUCUUUAUUCGUUA